ACCUGGAAGACUCUGCAGACUUGGCAGCGCAGUUCCAGUCGUCUGUGAGCAUUGGCGACCACGCCUUCUCACAAAUGGAGGAGGACAUUGAUAAGCAGCGGCUUCUUGGGGGUCAACCGGCCUAUGCCACGGCUGACCCUGAGACUGCCUCCAUGACCUCUGACCUCCAGCACAAGCAGAGGUAUGAGAGGCUCCUCCGCCGUGCCAAGACUGAGGAUCUGAGCGAGGUCUCUGGUAUUGGGUGCCUCUACCAGUGUGGGGUUGACAAGUUUGGCCGUCCUGUCAUCAUCUUCAUCGGCAAGUGGUUCAAGUUCAAUGAGAUCAACUUGGAAAAGGCCAUCCUUUACCUGAUCUACCUGCUAGACCCCCUGGUGCGUGGCGACUAUGUGAUUGUCUACUUCCACACCAUUACCACAACAGAGAACCAUCCCUCUCUUGCUUGGAUCAGGGAGGUCUACGAGGUCCUUGAGUAUAAAUACAAGAAGAACCUCAAGGCCUUCUAUAUCGUGCACCCAACGCUAUGGACCAAAAUUAUGACUUGGUGGUUCACUACUUUCAUGGCACCACAGAUCAAGCAUAAGGUUCACUCUGUUCCUGGCGUUGAAUACCUUUAUGACAUCAUAGAUCAAGACCAGUUGGAGAUCCCCGCAUACAUCACAGAGCAUGAUAUGACAGUCAAUGGAAUUCGCUACUACAAGCCAGGCUCGGCAUCCUCUUGAAAAGCAUCGAACUCCUUUGAAAAUCCAGAGAUGGAGUGAGGAAAGAUGCUUCUUGUUUUUUUAUUUUUUAUUCUCUCUUUUUUCUGUUAAUGAGCCUGUAGUGUGUGACAUGCAAUAAUGAUAAUAGUUAUAAAAUGAAUGAAAAAUCAGGAAUAAAAAAGCCAAAGUAUGCCGAGAGUGAAGAGAGGUGAAGCGAGGAUUUUUCAGCGCAGUAUUGAUGUAUGAUAGUUGGCGUUUUGAUCACAUUUUCUCAUUCUUCCAUUGUGAGGAAAUAUUUUAUGUUGUUAUUUACAAAGAGCUUUGUGCAGUGAUGUAACAUAUCUUAGCACUACACUUUAGAUUGUGGCCUUGUUUUAAGAAAAAAGUAAUUGAUAGUAAUAAUAAUAAUAAUCAUAAAAGUAUAUCAUAUAUGUAAAAAUAAGUCCUGCCUGAUUCCUCCUUGAUCAGGGUAGAUAUUACAUGCACUAUUCAUGUCCUUUCAAGAUAGUAGAGUAGAAAUCAAAAUAUGAGGAAGGUAUAGAAAGCAGACCGUAAUUAUAGAGAAAAGAAAUCCAUCUUCUUUCUCUCUCUCGGGUUGGGGGAGUAUAUGUGUUUUGUAUAUACCAUUAACCUAUUUUUACUGGCAAUAUACCCAUUGCUCAAUAACUUACCAAGGAGUCUCCUUACCUCCACCCCUUACCCUCCAACCCCUCUCCCCCUUUCUCUUAAAACUUCCCUGACAUGAGCAGUAAUAUCUUUUUUUUUUUGGUGUAUAUAAAGACUAAACAAUCAAGGUGUUUGUCAGUGAAUUGAGGAUGCAAUCAACAUAUCUCUCUUGUGUAUGUACGUAUGUGCGCGUGAUGGAGCCAUGUUUGGUAUUCCAUUUUUUUUUUUUUUUCUUUUUCUUUUCCAAUUGUCAUGGCAUUGAUUAAAAUCUUGUUGGGGAUGGAGUGGUUUAUGCUUGUUUACCUUCAUUUUUAAAAUUUUUCUUAGUGCUCUUUUAUUAGUUUGUUUAAAAGCAUUUACUGUUUUACUUGCUUUUCUGGCUGUUCUUCCUGUUUCUCAAGUUUUUACAUAUUUCUCUUUAAGUACACCAUUUUUGAUGACUUUACAUAUGAUAUUAGCCUAUGAAAGAAUAUUCUCAUUGUUGACCACUUAUGUGCUUUGCAAAUUAAAUGCUACAAGACUUUCCAGAAUAUGUUUGCAUGCACUAGUAUAUGUUCAUUUGUGAAUGAGGGAAUGAAGGAGGAUGAAAGAGUGAAAGUGAAGAAGAAAAAAAAGAGUGAGUGAAGGAGUCAGCUCUGAGUUGAGGAGGAGAAAGAACAGACAUGAGGGAGAUUGAGAGAAAGAAAGGAGAAGGAGAGAAAGUGAGUGUGGCUUGAAUAAGUAAAUGUGACCAUUUGGAUUUAGACAAGGAAUGAAGAAGUUUGUAUGUAACCUUGUACCAUUUAAAUUGUAGAGCAUAUCUAAUGAUCUUCUCAAUAAAGUUCAGUAACACAGUACAUUGAAAGUCACUGUAAAAGGCAUGAAUUUUUUGUAAAUUAAGAAGAGAUUAACAAUCAAAGAAAUAAGACAAUAAUAGAUUUCUUCUUGUAUUUAUUUACAAAUAUAUUCACCUUAGUUGUGUUAUUUGAUUCCAUUAAAAUCACGUUCAGUAAUUAGUACAAGAAUAGUUGCAUUUAUUUUUAUUUUUACAUAAUUUGGGUUGAAAGCUUAUUUACAGAGGUUCUGAUAACUCUCUCCUUUCUCUAUUUUCUUCAUUCCUAUUUUAUUUUCUUCAUUCCUAUUUUAGUAUGACAUUAAUAUAAGAACAGAGAUCAAGUAAUAUGAUAUAGUAAAGUAUGAUUAAGUUAAGGGGAGCAUUGGAGUAGACCUUACAUAUCAUUAAAUGAAUAGUAAAAAAAAGAGAAGAAAAACACUUGAAUUAGAGCAAAUAUUCCCAAUUGUGAAUUAUCCAAUUCUCAUUUUUGAUGCUAAAAAUCCUGGAAGCAUCUUAUGUGAUCCUUACUAUAUGGAAUUAUGAAGUUUAGAGUAUGUUUGUUUUAUAUGCAGUUAACUUCCUUCAGUAUGAAAUAUCUAGCUAGAAUAAAAGAUAAAACUUUAAAUCCUUUUUUAAAUUAUGUAUGUUCCUUAGGGAUUGGCCAAGUAGCUACAGAGCAGUACCAGAACAAGUUAAAAUUUGAGGCUGGGAAAUCAGAGCCAUAAAUCAAGCACAACUUAAGCAACAUUUAUUGCUACUUGUGUGCCUCUCUCUGCUGCUUUUGGUCGUUUAAUCAGUCAAAGAAUCAGUAUGACAUGCAGUCUUCACAGAAUACCAUUUUGAAAAGGUGUUCAUGGUUAGUAAGUGAAGGUAUUAGGAGGCACCACCUUCAUUGCUGACAGGUAUAACAAUUAGUAUUCUCUAGGAUUAUGUUUAUUACUGUCUGGAGCAAUCAGUUCCUUUUAGAAAUCUCAUUUACUGGACCUUUUCAUGUGGAAUCUUGGACAAAUACAAGUUCUUGGAAAUAAGCUUCUCAGAUGAUGUCAGAUGAUGAAGUAUGGCAUAAAUUGCUUUCCUCAGUCUUAUGGUCAUUGCUCACAUUAUGGCCUUUCCAUAGUACUGUGACAGCUGGAUAGUAAUGUCUCAGAAUGUGUGUGUAAAACCAAGGCGGCUAUACUUUGUCUUCUUAUCAGUCCUGGUGAUGAGUCACUGGCUAUCAUCCUCCCCAUAUGAUUAUUAUAUUCUUUGAUGACAAGAUGUCUUUUGUAAGAGCCUUGUUCUUCAUGUAAUCUAUAGACAGCUUUGAAGUACAUUCAAAACCUUUUCAUCAACAAAGAGUAAGCAGAGUUACACCACACACUGUCUCCAUGGUGAGGUGUAAUUUGAUGUCACCUCUGUAGUGAUAAUGUGUAGGUAGUAGUGACAAAACAAAGACAAAAGGGAAGUUUCAAUGUAUUGCAAAGAUUUCUGCUUAAAAGUUCUCUUCUAAAGAGAGUCUUUUGUGGGACAGCAUGUCCUCUUCCAGUUGUCAGGCAAAAAUAAACUUUCAUGACAUUUGACACAAAGUCUUUGUGCCAGUUGUCAGGAUGUGAAACUACAUCACAUUCAUGAACAAACAUCUUUUAACAGUAGAUUGUGGUUUUGGUAAGAAGUUUGUAUUGUGGUAUUUGAGAUAAAGCUGUGGAUUGUGGUGUGGGAGUGUAGGGAAGUGAGGAAAAUAAGAUCAGGAUUGAAGGAGGGAAAGCCGGUGCAGAACAGCUAGCAGUGGGCAGACAUGUUCAAACUAUGGAGGAGGGUGGUAUUUCCUCCUCUUUUCCAAGCUUUUUUUUCCUCUUGUCUCCCUGCAUCACUUUUUAUGCUCUCAUCUUUUUCUUAGGCUUUUGGAUUUGCAUAGCAUGCUGAAACAAAGCAUUUAUGAAGUUUGAAGAAGACUCACUGAGUGACAGAAUGUUGCUCAUCCUACUCCCUUUGUUAAAUGAUCACCACAUAGGCCAUGGGACCUUUAUACCUGUGGAGCUUAAGGCAAGUUAGCCUUUAAAUACCUGUAAAAAAUUGCCAUAACUGCUUAUUUUGUAAGUUUUGCCAGAAAACUUCAGCUCAAGAAAGCUGAAAGAUACCCAAACAUUGGACUUUUUGUCUGGAUGUUAGUAUUUUCCAGUAAUGCACUAUCCUCUCCAAUGCCCCCCUUAAGGAAGCAGUGGUCUGUGCCUAUUAAGUCACACAUGAAGAAAUGGUAAGGUGAUGACGUUAGAUCAGAAAAUUACACCUGACUUGACUGCAUAAGAGACAUUGUCAACUAGUUUACUGUUAACACUUAAAAUGAUAUAAUGUAUAUAAUAUGUUUUUGUUCGCAAAAAGAGGAAGCCAUAGAAGAAAUAUGAGGGAAAAUUAUUAUCUGUUGACCAUGCUUAAAUCUUGUUGAUGAUAUUGUAUAUACUUAUCUAAGAUGUUAUACAUUGCACAUUAUGAACUGAGCAGUGUACUAUACUUUGUGGCAUGUCAGCUCAGUUUCUGGUCAAAAUAAAGCUCCUGUCAGGAUGUGCUUCCAAAAUUGGGUUGGAGUUCAGAGAUAUCACAGUUUUCUUCUUUUUUCAGUUCAGUUGUUGUUGAUGUUGAAGUGUUCUGAACUAUCUUGUUUCUCAUUGGCAAAGAAUGAAAACUAGUGGUAAUAAUGAAUAAUAAUUGAUAAGAAAACAGAAAUAAAAAGUAACAGACAAGAAAAAAAAAGUGAUGACUCUGAACUGUCUCCCUAAGAAGUCAAAAAAAAGAAAGAAAAGAAAAAAAGACAAGACAAGUGAGACCUCAGAUCACUCGAUAUCCUCGUCAUCACUUCUUUCAGGUUACAUGUGAAUUGCAAAUCAAAUACAAGCACCCAAGCUGAGGUUUGGUGUGUUCUGUGGCAUUAACCAGUGAGUAGUGUGUUAUUAAAGUAGAUAAGCACAGGUAUCUUUGGAAAGCUUGUGAGAAUAAUAGAUGGGAAACUAUUUUCACAAUAGAGAUAUAAGGCAUUAUUUGUUUUUAUUUAUUUUAUGAUUAUCUCUUUGUUUGAAGAUUUUUUAUUCAUCAAAAUCUAGAUAUAUGCAUUUAAAUAUUAAUUUUGAUUUGGAUUUUUGGAAAUAGCCAUAAAUGUGUUUUCUUAGGGGAGAAAGGAAUUUGUAUCAAAGAUUGUAACUGCACUGUGAAGCAAGGAUGAGGUGUUGCGGAUCAAAUGUUUUGUGUACAGAGACUCUGUUCCUCUGCAGCAGCCUCAGUAAUAAUACUUAACCAUAUCUGUACAGCUGCUUUGGUAAAGAGAUGGGAGAAGCCUCUUAGAUAUUACACAAAAAGGAGAAAAAAAUGUAUACUGGCUAUAAUCUUGUUUGUGUAAAGUGCUUGCUCCAACUGUUGAUUCUUUUUGACGAGAGCAAUGAAAUUAUUCUUAGGAACCCCAAGCAGGUAGUCCAAUUUUAUUUUGUGAUAAUAGUGCCAUCAGAUUUUUUGCUUAAAGAGUAGUUGUAGUUUGUAUGAAAAUUUUGAUAAAUGCAUAAGUUUAUAUUGCCAUAGUUUGGUUUAUAUAUGUUGUAGUUGAGAUGUUUUGCUAGUUUUUUUGUUACAUUUGAUAACAUAGUUAUAGAUUUUAUACUUGUUGAAUAUUCAUACUUUCCUUGUAUAUUAUGUUAGAACUUAAAAAAAUAUAUUGUUGAUACCCAAAAUAGGUCAUUAGAAAUGGCAUUAAAAUUUUUAAAAAGGAUAUGAAAAUGGUUUUGAUUUCAAGCAGAUCAAUUUGAUAUAAAAUGCUUUGUUUAACAUUAUAUUUGAUGACCAAGGUAUUGGUACUGGAUGCUAUGCACAUGCUUUGAUAUGAAGGAAAUGGGCAAAUACCAUAUAUAUUUAUUUUUACAAGAUUUUUUUCCCUUUCUCUUUUUUUCCUUUUUUUCUCUUUCUUUUUAUUUUUUGGUGUUUGUUAUAAUCAGUACCAAAAAUUUAAUGAUGUUGCAGUUUGGAAAGUAAGUGCUGUCUGUCCCGAUGUUUUUUCCAGAAUAAACAAACAAUAAGGGAAUCAUACGGCUCCUUUUGCCUUGCAAGUUGACAGUUGCUUGGAGCUUAUACCUGCACCUUAAGGGAUGUGGCUUUGCAGUUUCCCAACCCUUGAAAAUGCACACACAUCCCUUAGUGUGAGGAAUGAGUUUUUUAGAGAUAUAAACAAAACGUAUUUUUGUAGUUGCCGCAGAUUGUUGGAACUUUUGUCUUAAUAGCCUUGAUGUUAUGUGUAUAAUCAGUAAACUGUAGUAGGCCAUAUAUCUUGGAGUGACUGGACAAAAUAGAAAGAGAGAAAAAGAUAUAUACCCUAGGCAGCUAUAGGUACUUCCAAGUAGCAGUAGUGUCCAGCAGGCUUUAUGACGAUGACAACAACAGUGUCACAGGGAAUCUGGGUUGUCAUUUUAUGAAACUUAUUCCGUUAUUCAUGUGACACACUGAUCACAGAUUCACUGUGAUUACAAAGAGAAAGAGUUGCUGAGUCAUUUGACCUCUUUUGAUCUUGCAAUUUUUUGGUACCUAUGAAUUUUUUGUAAAUAUUGGGUCACCUUUAACAGAUUUUAAAUCAAGAACAGUAUAAAUAAUACUACUGUUAAUAAAUAUUGAUUAAAUAAAAGGAAAAAUUAACAGAAGGAAUAAGCUCAAGAUUUUUUUUUUUUCUUUUUAACCCUUUCACAUAAUGCACUCUUUCUCCUGAAGGACAAAAACUGUACUGAUUCAUAGGUCAGGAUAAGUGUGCCAUAGCAAAGUAAUUAUUAUAGGCCAAAGAUUACUUAAUGUCUUCAAAUAAUUUUUUAGAUAUAUUUUGUUAAGUAGACAUCACGCCAUAUAUAUGUAUAAGCCAGUCACAUGCAUUGACUGUCACAGUGCUCUUAUCUUCAGUAUUUAAAAUAGUUUCUCAUAAUUUGAUUUCAAAGUUAAAUCUGAUAGGUAUGCGAAAAGAAAACUGUCCUUUGUUUUGCCUUUAAUAAUUCUUGAUACUGAAAAGGCAUAGAUGUUUAUGUUCAGUCUUUAUUAAGUUUUAAGUAAAUUUGUUUAUUGCCUGAUGUCUAAACCUGCCUAUUUAUUGAUAUCAGACAAGACUGAUAAUUAUUGGGUUAUAUUUUGAGGAAUGUUCAUUAUUUUUAUCUUUAUUACCUUCCUUUUCCUGGCCUAUAAACAUUAUUAUUAGAUUAUUUAAUGACAAUAUGAUGGAAUUUUCCUUCCCUUAGAGAUAUCGAACUGUUAUUUUGAACUUGAUCUUGUCAUCAGAGGUCCAAGACUAAGCUCUUACAGAAGUAGUAACAGGAAGUUUUCAAAGACUAUUCCAUGUUCAUGGAGGAAAGUGGAGUUCAUCAUUGAGAGGAGACUUUGAGUCCAGCAGGAGAAAUUUGUUCAAGCACACAGUAGCUUCUAUAACAUUCUCCCAAAAGCAGGGACAUUUACCUUGCAUGCCUCAGACUAUUACUCAAAAGCUCUCUUUUAAAAAAGUAACCUAGUAUGGCUAGAGAGUAGUACAAGGUAACUAGUAGAUAAUUAAAACAAUAAUGAGAUAAAACUUAUCUGCAGCAUCAACUAAGAAUAGAUAGAACACCACUUGGUCUCUCCCUCCCACGUGUGUCUUUGGCCCAUGAUCUUGCACUAUGCUAUAAGAACCCUUUAUACUGCCACAGCUCAGAUAAUGACUAUGCUGUUGCAGUUCCCCUUAUAUUUUGUCAUGAAAAUUGCUUUUAUCUAUUUAAUUUGGGAUUUUGUUUAUGAUUUGGCAAACUUAAAUUUGUUCUACUUAUAUAGUUGUAGUUCUUACUUGUUAAAAGUAUGGUUGUAAGAUCUAAAAAAUAUAAUAAUUACAAGUUUUUGUUUUGCCUGACUAUUACCUAAUUGAUAUUAUCUUCUUUAUUUAUCAUUAUACUUUUAUUACUACCAUUUAGUACAAUUAUUUUUUGAUGAUGCUUUACAUGUUCCAGGUGUACAGUAUAUAGGUUAUUAGAGUUGCUGUUAACAUGUUAAUGAUACUGUAUAAUAAAAAAUAUUAAAAAUGAAUAAACUGUUCACAACAAAA